GACUACGAACCAAUUGCUGGGGGCCCCGUGCGUGCAAUCCCUCAAGGGUUUACGUGCUGGGAUAAGGUGGAGGAUUUGACAAAUUUCUUAGAAACGCAUUCUGAUGUUUACGUUACAUGGCAUAAGGGUCCAGGCAAAUUGUCGCGUGAAGGACUUGAUAGAUUUCUUAGAAACGCGUUUUGA